AUGAAAAUAUUUUUUUGGUGUUUUCUCCUCUUCAAUCCCAGAGUUUCAAUUUGUCUCCGUGUAGUUGGUAUAUCGGUUCCUAGUCUCAAGCAAAGAGGUGAAUCGGUGACAUUAACAUGUGACUACGACCUCGAAGGGGGAAAACUUUACUCAGUGAAGUGGUACCGAGACAACGAGGAGUUCUACCGAUAUAUGCCCAGGCUUCGGCCACCACAGCACGCACAUAAAUUAGAAGGAGUAAGAGUUGAUUUAGAAAAGUCGAGUGCCCGACGCGUACAUCUCCGAGAACUAACCCUAAAGUCCAGAGGAUCAUAUCGAUGCGAAGUUUCCGAAGAAGCGCCUUCAUUCCACUCCGCGCAAUCCGAAACAUUUAUGGAAAUUUAUUAUUUCCCUCGUGAGAGCCCACAUAUAGUCGGUCACGAGCGAACGUACAAGCUUCUAGAACCACUCGAUGUUAACUGCUCCUCCGCGAAAGCGUUUCCCGCACCGGAUUUACAAUGGCACAUAAAUGGGGAAAAGGUUACAGAACCCACAUGGUUAAUACCAUUCGAACCUACACCCACUAUAAACGGCCUUAUGAUAUCCACUCUCGGUUUAAGAGCACCGACAACAAGACAUAUGAAGAUCCGAUGCAUAGCCAUCAUCGGCACUCAUAGACGAGAGCAAACUGUUAUAAUAGAAACAAGAUCCACCAGUUGGAGGAUAGCAGCAAAUUUCAACUUUAUAAUGUUAUUUAGCUGUAUAAAUAAGGCAUUACAGAUAUUGUCG